AUGGAUAAGUCUCAGCCUUUUAAUUCCAGCAUCGAGGCCAGCGGCUUCCUCCUCUCGCGCCUCCGCGUCGGCGCGCCGCGUCCCCCGGCUUUGCCUGUCAAGACUAUCUAUCCCGGAGACUACCUCUAUGCUGGAUUUAACCAGCGCAAGCCCAUGAUCGAACGCAUCAUCGGCAACGUGAUGAACGGUCUCGAGUUUGAGGUCGAGUUCUCGCUGGUGCUGACACGUCCCGAGAUCCAGCACGCUGUCAGCGCCUUCACCAUCCUUAUCCAGGCCGAACCCAACUCGAACAUGGUGACCGGCGAGCCUUGGGGCAAGAACACCGUCUACCGCGGUAGCAAGUGGCUUUACAUCGUCGACCAAGUCCGCAGCUACCUCAAUGAUGAGGGCUUCGGCUUCAUCACGGUUGAGAUGCAGGAGCGUGGCCUGCGUCGCGAACGCGUCGACCCGAUCGUCAUGGGCGACCCCUGCUUCGACAUGCCUUUCUGCGAUUGGUUCAAUCGUGGCGAAGGAAAAGUCUACGAGGAUGUGCACAACAUCUGCACUGAUGACUUGCGUGUCGGCAUCCACAUGAGAGACCUGAGCAUCCGCGACGUUCAGUGGGUCCAUCGCCUUCCCGGCGGCCACUUCCACGCUCUCGUGAUGGAGUUUGACGGCGGCCUCGACGAGGAGCUAUGGUGGCCCCUUGAGUUGAAGAUCCGACAGCGCCUUGACGAGGAUGACAAGAAUGACCUCAGGCGACUUCCGGUGAUCUUCAGUUGGCGAAUCUCUGUUGAGUAA